GCCACCAGGGAAGCCCACAAGGACCUAUUUGAUACAACUAUCCAGAUCCUUUCUUUCACGGAGUACAAAUCACUGCAAUAAGAGCCAAAACGCAGGAAUGACCUUAGCAGUCAUCUUUUCUGUGUGACCUUCCAGAGGAAAUCAGUAGGGAGAGGAAGGUCAGAAACCAAGAGAAGGGAAGUGGAGAGGAAAGAGAAGGAGAGGCUCAGGGAGGAAUAAGCAGUCGCGUUCUGGGGCGCAGGCAUCUGAGUGAACAAUGGGGGCGUGCAGCGCGUCACCAGGUCCAUAGAGAUUAGACUGAAGCACCAGGGCAAGUGGUGGCACCUUGAUCAGGACAACUGAUUGGUAAAUCUGUGAAAUUAUGGCUCUUUUUCCCUAAUUAGCUAAGGUUGUAUUUAAAUUCCAUUUUCAAAGUGGUCAUUCCUUUUUUUUUAAAUUACUUUUAUCUUUUAUUUAUUUAUUUUGCCACACGGCACGUGGGAUCAUAGUUCCCUGACCAGGGAUCGAACCCUCGCCCCCUGCGGUGGAAGUGCUGAGUCUUAACCACUGAAAGCUCAGGAUAGGCAUACUUUGCCUAGAGCCUCCUUAUUGUUAAAGACCUAUGGACCUAAUGUGACCCUAACUAAGCCCCACCUCAUAUUACAAGUCCUUGGCCAAAAUCCUCAAUUUGGAAGAACGGCAUGCCUGAGUGCUAGGACAGGAGAGAAUCUGUGCCUAUUACUUUCCUUCUACCCAGAGAAAGAACCCCAGAUCAGCUUUUCCACAAAAGGAGAGUUUCCCAGAUGCCACCCAUACUUGGAAGAAGCCAGGUUGAAAUACUAAUCAAGUCAAACUUUCUUGAUAUUACUCUAUCUUUCCCCAGGAGGGCUGCACUGAAACAAAUUCGGACACCUGUGGCCUCCUCCUUCUAUGCAAAGCAAAAAGCCAGCAGCAACCCCAAGCUGAUAAGACUAACCUAAAGAGCAAAUUAUGGUGUAAUUUCCUAUGCUGAUACUUUGUAGUUAAUUUAAAAAAAAAAAGGUUUCAUUUUCCUACUGGUCUGAUUUCACAGGAACAUUUUACCUGUUUUUGUGAGGCAUUUUUUCUCCUGGAAGAGAGGCGCUGAUUGGUCCCACAUGACUGACAACCUGGUGUAAUGAAAAUUUCCAAUGUAAACUUAUUUUCCCUCAGUUUCAGCAAUUUUAAAUCUAUAUAUAGAGAUAUCUUUGUCAGAAUUGCAUUGUUAGCUUCUCCUGGUAAACUGAUUGUCUCACAUUGUCAGUGCAAAUAGAGAUCUAUUAAUGGGUCUCACCUCCCAACUGAUCCCAAUGCUAGUCUGCUUACUGGCAUGUACCAGCAACUUCGUCCAUGGACACAAGUGCGAUGUUACCUUACAAGAGAUCAUCAAAACGCUGAACAUCCUCACAGCAAGAAAGAACUUGUGCAUGGAGCUGCCUGUAGAAGACGUCUUUGCCACCACAAAGAACACAACUGAGAAGGAAACUUUCUGCAGGGCCGGGACUGUGCUUCGGCAUAUCUACAGAUACCACAAGUGCUUCAACAAACCCCUGAGUGGACUUCACAGGAACCUCAGCAGCAUGGCAAACAUGACCUGUUCUGUGAAUGAAGCCAAGAAGAGUACGUUGAAAGACUUCUUGGAAAGGCUAAAGAUGAUUAUGAAGGAGAAAUACUCAAAGUGUUGAAGCUGAAUAUUUUAAUUUAUGAGUUUUUAAUAGCCUUAUUUUAAAAAUAUUUAUAUAUUUAUAACUCAUCAUAAAAUAAAGUAUAUGCAGAAUCUGACAGCAUGAUGUCAUUUUAAUGGCAUAGACUAUAUUUACUUGCCAACUUUUGGGGAAACCAAUUUAAUUUACUGAGAGACUAAAAUUGGUGUGGGAAUUAAAAAGGAAAGACCACUUCCCUCUCAAGGAGUUCCCUCUCUCAUUGGGGACAUAAUGCAUGAAAUGAUUAAAGAAUACAAGGCCACACAAGAUGUAAAUGAUAAUUAAAAGAGCUUGCAGAGUGGGUCCAUAAGUCCCACUGACUAUCAAGUAAUUCUGAAUUUAAAAAGUGUCAACUGGAUGCUUAGAACAUUCUUUUCCCAUUGGCACAAGGGUUGUUAUAUUGAGUCCACAGUGGGGAAAUAAUUCUAGCACACUACCUGGCACUGCAGUGAACAAUAUUUAAUGUCCUAAUAAUGUAAAUUCUUUUGAUUCUCAAGCUUCGAACCAACCAAUAGACAAAGCAUGGAAGACUUAAUUAUGGUUACAGAACAGACUAAAUGCUAUCAAACUGACAACAGAAAAGGAAUAGCUCAAAAUGAUUGAGAGGUAAAAGCAAAAGGAAAGAUUGAGAGGUGGGGCACCAACACUGUCUAAGGUUGAUGGAACAAGAGACUUAAGUAUUUAUUCAAACUUGGAAACGUAACAGAAGAUCUAAAAAUAACUUACUAUAAAAAAUUUGGAAGGGGCAGUAUAAAUAAGGUAAACUCUCACUUUUCAAUGCGGAAAUCAAUACAAAAUAUCUAAAGUUGAUUAAAAAAAUAGUUGGCAAGGUGGUCAUGAAUUGAUGAAUGUUGUAGUUGGGGAUGGGUACAUGACGGUUGAUUACACUACUCUGCUUUUACACGUGUUUGAAAGUUUUUAUAAUAAAAAGUGAAAAAAACAAUAAAGUAAAACCAAUAGUAAGUAAAUCAAGAAAUCUUUGGAAUUAUAAUGGUAACCACCAGAGAAACUAAAAACAAAAAAGGGAGGGUGGACUGUUGGGAAUGGGACUUGGAAUAAGAAACAGUGAAAGCAGGGCAGGAGAUUUUUGGCUUUC